AUGCGAGAUUGGGCACCUGUGAAUGCCGAGAACCUACAGAGGUGGAUGGAGUCAGUUGCGGUGGAUGUCAUCAUUUCUGCUGGACAAUAUGACGACGCCACAUACUGGGAAUAUCUUGUGUGGUACUGUCCAAGCACGUAUGCCACCUUACUCAGCGGACUUAUAGAGCCAGGCCCGAGACCUUUCCCCGAGGAUCAUGCCCGCCUUCUUUAUUUUGUGACCAAAGAGCCGUACGAGAUGCAUAUGCAGGCGGAGCAAGCUUGUGGGGAAGCAAGUGGGUCAUCAACACGGAGGGAUCGAAACCCUCUCUGGGACUACAUGAGGAUGAGAGGGUCCCGCUUCCUGUCUGCUAUAGUGGUCCAGUUCAUGUUCUCAUCGGACUCGAGCGACGAUGAGGAAGAAUUGAUGAUGAUGGUCGCCAUCGAGGAGGAAGAGCUUCGGACCCAAGGUCGCACCCGUCAUCGGGGCUCAGUCCUAGGACAUGCGGUCAUAGAUCGUGGGCACCAGGAAGGUGCUGCAAGGCUAUUUCGGGACUACUUCAGCAACAACCCAGUGUAUGGUGAUAUACUGUUCCGUCGUAGGUUUCGGAUGAGUCGGGCUUUGUUCUUGAGAAUAGCCACUGCUGUGGAGAACCACGACCCAUGGUUUCGCCAGAAGAGGGAUGCCACUGGGAAACUAGGGCUAAGCCCCCUUCAAAAGAUGACAGCUGCCAUACGGCAACUGGCAUAUGGAGUCAGUGCUGACGCAGUGGAUGAGUAUGUUCGGAUUGGGGGUAGCACAGCGAUGCUUGCCCUGACAAAGUUUGUGGAAGCUGUUGUCUUGCUUUUCUCCGAUGAGUACCUACGCUCUCCCACCGCGGAGGAUACUGCCCGACUGUUAGCCAUCGGCGAGCAGAGAGGGUUCCCCGGGAUGCUAGAUAGCAUCGAUUGCAUGCAUUGGGUUUGGAAGAACUGCCCGAAAGCAUGGCAUGGCGCGUAUACCGGUCAUACGCGCAAACCCUCUAUAGUUUUGGAGGCGGUUGCGUCGUACGAUCUAUGGAUAUGGCAUGCUUUCUUUGGAAUGCACGGUAGUCUAAAUGACAUAAAUGUUUUGCACCGCUCUAACAUUUUCAGCAGGCUCACGGACGGGACUGCCCCUCCUGUGUCGUACACCAUAAACGGUACCACGUACGACAUGGGCUACUACCUAGGUGAUGGAAUUUACCCCGAAUGGGCGACUAUAGUGAAGCCUAUCCCAUCACCAAGGGGGAACAAGAGCGUGCUGUUCUCCGCCAUGCAAGCAGCAGUUCGGAAAGAUGUAGAACGCGCAUUUGGCGUCCUGCAGUCGCGGUUCGCUAUAAUUCGGGGUCCAGGAAGAAUUUGGGAACAACGCACACUACACAACAUUAUGACCGCUUGUAUCAUAAUGCACAAUAUGAUAAUUGAGGACGAGAGAGGCGGCACCGAUGUGGAUGAGGUGUUUGAAUAUAUGGGCGAGAAAGCGACAAUCGAGGGUCGUGAUCCAGACCAAGCCGUGCUCCAAUACAUAGAAGCAACUGAAGCAAUUAGGAACCGGGCUAUACACCACCAAUUGCGUGAUGAUUUGGUGGAGCACAUAUGGAGUCGCCAUGGAGCUCAAUACUGA